UUUAUAUAUAUAUUUUAAGGUGGUUGAGGUUGGGCUAUGCCAUUUUUGCACUUGGAAGUGAUGGAUGAGCUCAUGUUGACGAACGCAAUGCUGCUACUGCUGCUGGUCACAGAAUGUGCAGCGCAACCAGAUGUGUGCGGGCGGGCCGUGCUUAACAACCGCAUUGUGGGGGGUCAGGAAACUUCCCAGGGUGACUGGCCCUGGCAGGCCAGCCUGCAGUUUGAUACGGGGAAAUACUUCUGCGGGGCGUCGCUCAUCAACAGUGAGUGGCUGCUGUCGGCCGCACACUGCUUCAUCAGAAACAUACCUAUGAUGGCGGUUUUGGGUCUUCAGAGCCUGGAGGGUCCAAAUCCGAACAAUGUAAGCCGCAGCAUUGUCGAGGUCAUCUAUCACCCCAACUACAACUCAAUCAGCUACGACAAUGAUGUGGCCCUGGUGAGGCUGUCCUCGCCUGUACCCUUCAAUGACUUCAUUGGGCCCGUCUGCCUGGCCGCCAAAGGAAGCACCUUCUACUCCGGAAUCGAGAGCUGGGUCACCGGCUGGGGGAAAAUCGGCGAAGGAGUUCCUCUACCGAGCCCCAAGAACCUGAUGGAAGUGAAGCUUCCCGUGGUGGGGAAUCGCCAGUGCGGGUGUGACUUCAAAUCGCUGAGAAAAAUCACAGACAACAUGAUUUGUGCGGGUCUGAGGGAGGGAGGAAAGGACGCCUGUCAGGGUGAUUCUGGCAGUCCAAUGGUGACCAAGCAAGACUCCAAAUGGAUCCAGAGUGGGGUGGUGAGCUUCGGACAAGGUUGCGCCAGGCCAAAGUUACCAGGGGUCUACGCACGGGUGUCGCAGUACCAGGAUUGGAUCAGCAACCAUACUGGCAAUGACAACUUGCCAGGGUUCGUCACCUUCACGUCCCCGGGAACUGACCCAGACCUGGAGGUUAGCUGUGACGACGCGAUGCCGACCACUUCGACCGGGACGCCCAUCAGUCCCGGCAUGCCCCCACCGGUGUUGUGCGGGUUCGCCCCACUGAAUGAGCGCCAAUCGGGUUCCGGGUCGGCGUCUGUCGCGGCGGGCGACUGGCCCUGGCUGGCCCGUCUGUAUUGGAACGGAACUUACGCAUGUAGCGGCACGUUGGUGGCGCAGGACACCGUGCUUACCAGUGCAGAGUGCAUCGCACGGUCCAGCACAGUGUCCAACUGGACUGUCUUCCUGGGUGACUCCAACAGUUCUGAGACGGCGGUGGGAGUGAUCGCUAUUAGAACCAGUGCACGGUCAGGUCCGAAUGUGGCGGUCUUGCAACUGGCAUACUGGCCGGAGCUGUCAAACUUCAUCUGGCCAAUCUGCAUUGACAAUGGCCAGAUCUUUACCACUGGCUUCAUCUGCUGGGCUGUCGGAUGGAAUGCUAGCCAAGGAGGAGGCAUGUGCACGACUUGAAAUGAUUUUUGAAUCGCUCCUAUUCCAAGUAUGCAUCAUGCCAUCACCCCCUUGCAUUUUUUUUCAGUCAUUCUUUUUCCUGUUUCGAACUUUAGUGGCGCAGUCCUUGAUGGAGGUCCCGACAUCACUGCAGGACUGUGGGAAUGUGUCGUCCGCUGAGAACAUUUGUAUCAAUCAUCUGCCACUGGACCAGACAAACUUUAGCGGGCCGUUGAUGUGCCAGCUUGGGGGCUUUUGGUAUCAGGUGGCGGUGCUGGAGCACACCAACCAUACAGUACAAAACGAUCAACUGACUGUCUUGCCCAGACUCAGUGGCUUCAGCAACUUCCUGAUGACGGAGGUGGGGGAGGUGUUGUCCCCCACCAACUCCAGCUCAGCGACGCCGCCCCUCCUCAGCCAGCUCCUGGUGUUCAGCACGGGCUUGCAAAUUGUCCUACUGAUCCUGUGCCACUGAAUGAAACGGCAAUUGGUCCCUGCCAAGUGUCCCAGCCGCAAUGUGAAUUCCAGUUUAACUACUUAGAUGAUUUAUGCGAAUACCAAGCAAGUUUAUAAAUUCCUUUUUCUCUCAGCAUUAAUUUAUAUAUUAAUUUAAACUUGCACAGAAAUAAUGGCGGGGUCCGGGGGAUUGUCUUCCUUGACAGAAAAUGUGAAAACAUUUAAUUUAUGUUUUGUGCUGUUUUGUUGUUGUUUUACGUUGAAACGGAAGAAAUUUCAUCCGUGUUGUUGCACACAUUUGACAAUAAAGUUGUAUCAAUUCAAUUCAAAAUUCAAUUAUUUAUGUGCGGCCCAGUGGUUGACAGUUUAGCAUGUUGGCUUCACAGUGCAGAGGUGCAGGGUUCAAUUCCGGUUCCAUCUCCCCUGUGCCUGUGUGGGUUUUCCCCCCACAUUGCCCCAACCCAAAACACUUAUUUUUGUUUUUACAUCACAGCUAGCAUCGAGUCACACAACCAAAUACACAUCAAGCAUUAUUUGUGUUAGAUUAGGUGAUGCUGCUAAUCUUUGUUUCCAGUGUGCACAUCAAACUCUUUGUGAAAGUCUUUUGUGUUUAAGGCCUGUACGAAUAAACUUCACUAGAAUAUAGUCAAAGAAAGAAAGUCACAUUUAUUAACAUUGUACGGUUGAAUGUCAAGUAUAAAAAAAUAAAAAACUUUUAA